AUGACUGAUCCAGUCUCACAAAAGACUGCUGCCCCUUUAACACGAACUACUGAUAAGAGGAGGAAAGAACAAGAUUUGAUAGAAAAGAUAAUGUUGGAGGAGGUGAAACAGCUUCAAGCACAGGAGCCUCAAAAUUUAGUUGAACGAAAACUUGAGGAAACCUGGUUGAUAGCAAGGGACGAGGCCACAAAGUGCAAUGCUGCAAAAGAGAUUAUAAAGAUUUUAACAAAUCAGAGAAAUGCUUUAUCAAAUAAACUUUUAGAUGAUUUGGAACUAGAUGAUUCCAGGAUCGUCCCUGACCCACCCGACAAAACUCCUGUCACCGGCAAAAUUCCACCGCUAAACAGCAUCAGGGAUCAACACAACAUAGAGGAAGUGGAUAUGCAAUCUACAACAUCUUCUAACACUGUUGUGGCGGAUGACUCAGCUGUGCAUCAGAAUGGCAGAAGAGCCUCCAAUAGCAGCAGAGGUUAUGACGGGGGAACAGAUAGCACAGUUGCUCCUACUGACUCCAGUGGAAUGAUCGAGAAAAUUGAGCGUGGGGUGUCCAUUUCAGUCGUUACAUCCCCCGAUGGUAAGAAGGGAAUCAAGAGCAUCCGGUUCAGAUCCGGCCGGAGGUGUCCUCCAGGAAAGCGCCUGCUGCGGUCUCCUCCACCGCCAGCAACCCACCGGCGGAACCCUAGAUCCACAGCGACACUGGAUCUGGCGACGGCUACCGGCUCCGACACCGAUGCCCUCGGCACUUUCGUCGUCGCGGUCACGCACAGGGACUUCGCUGCCAAGGAAGAGGGGUGA